CUCUCUCUCUCUCAAGUCUCUCUCUCUAUCUAUCAUUCCCUCUCCCUCUCUCUGCUUCUGCUUCUCCAUAUCUUUUAUCUGCAUCUCUUCUCAUCUGGUAUUGAAUCUGUAACCAUGACGAAGACCUUUCAGUCUCGUGGGCUUCUUCUCCUCUUCCUUCUUUUCAUUCUGCUCUCCUUUUCAGCAAUAAACGCUCGUCUCUUGGAAGGAAAACAAGGUAACAAAGAUGUAAAGGAUAAUGGGGUUUUUAAUCGAGAUCUCAUGUUAGAAACAGUCGAAGAGGAUGCUUUGAAUUUGAUGGGAAUGGAGAAAUGUGACAACGCGGAUGAAGAAUGCCUAAAGAGGAGGAAGACUUCGGAGGCUCAUUUGGACUAUAUUUACACCCAGCACCAUAAACCAUAGAUUUUCCAUAAGAACAAGAUCAAGUUCCAUGCUUUGUUUCUCCAUAGUCUUCUCCUUGAGUUUAGUUCAGUACUAUGAAACACCUCUUGUUCAGCUCAAGGCUACAAAACCUCCACAAAAAUAGCUUAAAAUCUGGGUAUUGGUCUCUCAUUUUUAUAUAUUAUUCCAACUACUACAUAUAUAUAGUAUGGAUAUGAGUUGUUAGUGUUUGUUUUUCAGUACUACCCUACCCUAUUAUGUUGGUGACUAAAUCUACAAGGCUUUGAUUCUUGAAAUGUCUUUGAUCUCGGAAAGAAAUAGUUUUCUGACUUUAUCCCUCAGAUCUGUCAUGAAGUUUUAAUACUUAGCAGUGUGAGCUUGAUAUUCCCUUCAGGGCAA